UUGCUCAAAUGUUUUGCCUAAUGAAUAAACCACCAUUUCAGAUAGUUUGUGGUCUUUGAUGACCAUUCUGAUUCUGGUUAGGUCUAAUUUAGGAUUAUUCCAAUUUUCGUCUUAAACAAGUUCCAUCGAUAGCCCGAGGUGGGGCAAAACAAAGGACUCGAAUUGCAGAGAAAAUGAGCAGCGCCAUCUUCAAAGCUUCAACCAGCAAUAAUCUUCAUUCCUCUCUCAGGGCACUCUUCCAUUCAACCCCUCCCCUGCAACGUAAACGGCGCAAUUUUUGGGACACCAGAGGCAACAAUCAUAACUCCAGAAGGUUUAGACGGAUGCAAGCAAAACAUAGAGUAAUGAACAGUAUCAAUGAUUAUGCAGAAACCCUGUUUCAGAGCUGGAAGCAAGGUAUUGAUCGGGACGAGCUGCCAUCAAGCCAGGACCCCUCAUGGUUUCGUAAAAAGCAAUAUUUUGAUGGGGGCUCUGGAAGGUACAGGAAUGGCAAACAAGGAUCAAAUCAUCGGUACAGAAGAGAUCCUUUGUUUUGUGAAGAUGAUUUUGAUGUGGAAACCAUUUUCCGUUCUGCCUUUGGUGGGAAUAGAUUCUUCUAUUGGUCCUUCAUCAAUGAGGAAAAUCCUCAGUGGAGGAGGGCUGAACGCUUCUCUAAUUUUGGGAGAUCAUGGAAUUGGAGGCAUGAAAGCGAAAAUGAUUAUGAAUCUUCAUCUGAGUCUGAUAGUUCUGGUUUAGAUUUAACUCCGGAUAGAUUAGCCCUUGGAUUGAGUGCUUCUGGUCCUCUGAAACUUGAGGAUGUAAAAAAUGCGUACCGGGCCUGUGCUCUAAAAUGGCAUCCAGAUCGUCAUCAAGGCUCUUGCAAGGCUAUAGCAGAAGAGAAGUUCAAGCUUUGCAGUGCAGCUUAUCAAUCUUUAUGUGAUAAGCUGGCCUUGGAUUGAGGAUCCUUCAGGCCUAUGCUAAUCCUUUUCUGGAAUUCUCGAGCCAGAUCAAACCAGAUCGUUGACCGUGCUAUAUUAUUUAACACAGCAAUCCUGCUUUCACUGUAUUUUGUAGUUUUAAAUAAUUUUAUUAGAUGAUCAUGCAAAUAACAUGUAUACUAUUUUACGAUUACAAAUGUACCAUUUUUUUGAUAGGUCAAAUGUACCAUUUUUUACCA